CACUGCUCCAUCAAGAAACUUUCCCGGAGUUCUGGAGCUCCUCGGACGGACCGCGGCAGAACCUCCUCGCUAAGACCAGACGCUACAAGGUUGCGAGAGGGACUGUAAAGGACGCGGACAUGCUGUGGACCGUACUUGUACUUGUCAUUAGUUGUCUGGUGUCACCGCCGUGUGUGUCCGCGCAGACACGCACACGCAGCGCUGUCAGGAAGCUCUACGUACUUCAGCCCGGGUCGGGUCCGGGACCGGGGUUUCUUGGUCCCGGUCCCGGGCCGAGCUCGACGGGGGCGACCCGCGGGAUGUUAGUCGGUUCGGUUUCACGGCGUCACGCCGCGUCUUACAACGUGGAACUCGGCCAGGAGGUUCGCGCCCGCCGGACGGAGACGCAAGCCUCGACAUCCCAGGAGUCCAUUGUUCGACACACCGAACCGAACCAACACAAGCAGAUCCUCAAGCAGUUUGGAGUGAAUGUCUGUGGAGGUCAGUGCUGUCACGGAUGGAGUAAAGCACAAGGAUCCCAGCGAUGCACAAAGCCAAACUGCAUCCCCCAGUGCCAAAACAAAGGAAUGUGCCUUAGGCCUCAGCUCUGUGUCUGCAAGCCUGGCUCAAGCGGGAAGGCAUGUGAGCAGAAGACUGUGCCCACACAAACCCUUCCAGCACAGCCUGGGAAAGGAGCGACCAAUGAUCACAGCAGCAGUCCUGUAAAUGGACACAACGCUGUACCACAGCGUCCCAUACCUCAGCAAGUUCUGCCUGAUGCUUAUGACCUGCCCCCGCCACAGCCGGACAACAUCGCUCAAAUGAAACUGACUGUCAAACCUUCCCCACAGCUUGUACGGCCAUAUUAUACCCAGCAACACAUCCAACAGCAGAUGCUGUCCAUGCCCAUGCAGCCUGGCCAGCAGUACGUCAUAAAACCCAAAUAUUACCAUGCACACACCACCCACACACAGACGCACAUUCAACCUCCACUUGCAAGGCCAAUCCCUCUAACAGGACACCACCCAUUACAAGCAGCGGGAAACCACACAGGAAGGAUCAAGGUGGUGUUCACACCCACCAUCUGUAAAUUCACCUGUAUGGGCGGCAGAUGUCACAACAACUGCGAACAGGGAAAUACGACAACCAUCAUCAGCGAGAAUGGCCAUGCCACUGAUACACUGACAGCACCCAACUUCAGAGUAGUUGUGUGUCAUCUGCCUUGCAUUAAUGGUGGCAAGUGCAGCGCCAGGGACAAGUGCCAAUGCCCUCCAAACUUCACUGGAAAGUUCUGCCAGAUUCCAGUUCAGGGCGGACACCAACAGCACCAACAGACUUCAGGCAGCUACAGUCAAACUCAGGUCCAUUCCACACACACCUUGCCUCUGACCUACAGCAACGGUGCUGGAUUCAGCCCCAACAUAGUAAAAAUCCAUAUCAAGCAUCCUCCUGAGGCGUCUGUCGAAGUCCACCAGGUGUCUCAGCUGGACAACUACCACAGUAAUGGACACAAUCCCAAAAGUUCAGGCUCCUCUUCGUCCUCCAGCUACAGCUUUCAUCACUCUGAAAGCCAGCAGAAGAUCCAACACCAUGGCUACAACGUUGUCUAUCCAGGCCAGCACGGUGACCAGGUUCCUCAGUACCAGCCCGUUUCCUCUCAGAACAUGUUGGGCCGCUGCUUCCAGGAAACUGUUGGUAGUCAGUGUGGAAAGGCUCUCCCGGGUCUGACGAAGCAGGAACAGUGCUGUGGUACCAUUGGGACAUCAUGGGGCUUCCACAAAUGCCAGAAAUGUCCAAAGAAAACAUCAGCUAUUCCUCUGAUCGACUGUCCUCAGGGUUACAAGAGAAUCAACAGCACUCAUUGCCAAGCCAACAUAUCUGCCGUCCAAGAGGAGAAGGGAGCUUGCUUCCGUUUGGUGAGCUCAGGGAGGCAAUGUUUGCACCCAGUGUCUGCUCAGCUGAGCAAGCAGCUCUGUUGCUGCAGUGUGGGCAAAGCCUGGGGACCACAUUGUGACAAAUGUCCCCCUCCAGGAACAGCCAUGUUCAAAGACAUCUGUCCUGGGGGAAUGGGCUACACUGUUCUUCCAAAUCCACCUGCCAGUAAGCCAGUUACAGUAAACCAGAAGCCCACGGACCCACUGACCCCACGCCCACUGCCGACGCUCGACAAACCAGUGGUGGUUUUUGGGACACCAGAAGAGAUUGUACCAGAGGUUGUUGAGCAGAGUUCUCCUCCUGUUCCAGUGGAGGUUUUCCCUUCUAAUGCAGGCCAGAACAUCGCUCCAACCCAGUCUGCAGAGGUGGACGAAUGCCAGAUCAACCCGUUUAUUUGCGGUCAAGGGAUUUGUUACAACAAGGCAGAAGGCUACACUUGCCACUGUCAUGACGGAUACCGCUUGAAUGAAGCCCUUACUUCCUGUGUGGAUGUAGAUGAGUGUUUGGAGAGCCCAUCUUUGUGCUCUGGUGGUCUUUGCCAAAACUCAGAGGGGAGUUUCCUGUGUGUGUGUCCUCAAGGAUUCCUGGCUGAUGAAGACGGAACCAGUUGUGUUGAUGUCGAUGAAUGCACAAACAGGAUGGUGUGUUCGUCAGGUAUCUGCAACAACACACCAGGAGGUUACAACUGUGGUUCUUGCUAUUCUGGGUUCUUGGCACGGGAAGGCCAGUGUGUAGAUGUAGACGAGUGCCAGGAUCCGCGUGUCUGCACGAGGGGCCACUGUGUGAACACUGAAGGCUCCUUCAUAUGCCAGUGUGGACCAGGCUUCAAAGCGUCUCUCACUGGAGAUCAGUGUGAUGAUGUGGAUGAGUGUUUUGAGGAAGCCGAACCCUGUGAGUCUGUUGGGGAGUGCCAAAACAACGUAGGCUCCUACAUUUGUAUCUGCCCUCAAGGGUACCGACGAAUCAACGGCCCCAACUGCAGAGAUGUUGAUGAGUGUGUCGAUGAGCCUGAACUCUGCUCCCCCCAUGGAGAAUGUCUGAAUACUGACGGGUCCUAUAUGUGUGUGUGUGGGAGUGGAUUCACUGCUAGUCUUGACACACCCUCCUGUGAAGAUAUCGAUGAAUGUGGACUCAAUGAGACAUUGUGUGGUCCUCACGGGUUCUGUGAGAACAGACUGGGUUCUUUUCGAUGCCUCUGUGACCAGGGCUACCAGGAAACCCAAGAUGACCAAGGCUGUAUAGAUAUCAACGAGUGUGAGUUGCUCAAUGGCAUCUGUGGAGAUGCCCAGUGUGUAAACGUGGAUGGUACUGUCCUGUGCACGUGCCCCGCUGGUCAACAAUAUAAUGUCAUGGUUGCCAAGUGUGAACCCAUCCCAACAGCUUUGCCGAUAGAGCGCAAGGAGUGCUACUUCCGCCUGAAUGACGAGAACUUGUGUGAGAGCGUGCUCACCACCCACGUGACGCUGCAGGAGUGCUGCUGCACACUGGGAGCCGGCUGGGGGGACAACUGUGAGGUUCAUCCUUGCCCUGUCAACGGCACAGACCAAUUCCAGGAGAUGUGUCCAUCAGGAAAAGGUUUUAUUCCCAGUGGAGAUUCGCUCUAUGACGUCCCGGGAGUUGAAAGCUACAAAAAUGCAGAUGAGUGCACACUGUUUGGCCAGGAGGUUUGCAAAGGAGGCUUUUGUCUGGAUACUGAUGGCAGCUAUGAGUGCUACUGCAAGACAGGACAGGACUACGACCCUUCGAAACUGGAAUGUAGAGACAUAAACGAGUGUGCGGACGAGUCGUUGUGUCUUGGAGGAAAAUGUAUGAACACAGAAGGAUCCUAUGUUUGUUUCUGCACACAUCCCAUGGUGCUGGACCCCGGCAGCAAUCGCUGCAUCUUUGUUCCUGAGGCGGCUGAGCAACAUGAAGGAGGACAAAUCGACUUCCAAGGUAUCUGCUGGCAGAAGGUGACAGAAUCCAUGACGUGCACGCAGCCGCUGGGUGCCGACAGGAAGACGACGUUCACCGAGUGCUGCUGUCUCUUUGGAGAGGCGUGGGGCAUGGAUUGUGCCUUAUGUCCCACCAAAAACACUGGUGAUUAUGCUUCCAUGUGUAACCUUCCUAUGAGUGCUGGACGCCAUCCUUACGGCCGGGAUGCUCUUGUUGCUGGUCCCGUUCAUGAAUAUGAAGUGAGCCCGGACUACUCGCCAUCACCUGAUCAGCAGUCUGCCUUGUCAUUUUAUGACAAUGAGGAGUAUCCAUACAAGCCAUUUGAAGGUUUGAGAGCAGAGGAGUGUGGGAUACUGAACGGCUGUGAGAACGGUCGCUGUGUUCGAGUCCAGGAGGGUUACACCUGUGACUGCUUUGAUGGCUACACACUGGACCUGUCCCAUAUGGCCUGCAUCGAUGUGAACGAGUGUUCGGAACUGAACACGCGCAUGUCGCUGUGUAAAAACGCAAAGUGCGUCAACACGCUGGGUUCCUACCAGUGUCAGUGCCUCCCCGGCUUCACCGCCUCGGAAAAAGCCAACUACUGCGUGGCGACUGCAACCGGGAUCAAGCAAGACCAAAGGUCGACACGCACACAGUGAAUGUGGACGGACUUGAGUGGACAACAAGAGACUCUGAGACCCUAAAACGGCGUCAUGGCGGACACGAACUAACAAGGCAAAGUUCCAGCAUUAUGUACACUUUUACCACUUUUAUCUUCUGUUUUAUUUAAUACUUUUAUAUUAUUUUAUAAUAUUGUGUCUGUUUUUCAGUUCACUCAAUUCUACUAUAUUUACCGGUGAGCGAUUAUUACAAAUGGUAAUCAUGAUUAAUUGCAUGUUUUGUGCAAUUAAUCAAAAUGUAAUGAUUGAUGUAAAAGUAGUACAUUUCUCAGUCAUUUAAAAACAAAACAAAAGUGCAAUAACGUUUGGUUUGCAACACCUAAUGUGCUUUUUAACUGCAGUAUUCUUUUUACUAUUUCAAAUAUUAUGUGUAUUUCUAACUUAAAACCUCUUAAGGCCCAAGCUGUUUGUUUACAUGCUUUUUUUUUUUUAUUUCUCUUUGCUAUUUGGGCUUAUUGGACCCUAAUUAGAAUAAAAACUAAGAAUCAUCUUUUGAUAUGAUGUACUUAGUCCAUAAGUAACAAAUGUGUACUUCAUGUUUAGUGACAUGCUAAAUUCCAAAUUCCAUUGUAUGUUGUACUCUUCUGACACCACCAGAUGGCAGUAUAAGUGUCCACAUAAGGGCCAUAAGACCCCAAUUCAGUAGUGUACACAAUUUUGGAAAUAAGAGCUAAAAGGUGGGGCCAACUAAGCCUUUAAAAGGUUUUAAACAAGAAUGGAAGUAAACUAAAUAAAUAAGCUUAGAGACGUCCCGAUACAAUAUUGAUAUCAUUCUGAUAUGCACAAAAAAAAAAAUCAAGAUGAUAUCGGCUUGCGUAUAAAAUGUCUGAUACAUGCAGUCCCGCAGCGUGUUUACUAUCUAAAUGUCCUCCAAUAAGCACAGAAGGUUGGUCUUUUUCUUGUGUUUUAGUCAAGUUGUUUACAAAAAGUAAACAUGGUAGGCUAUAGGCUACUGUGAGCUAGUGUCUACAAAACAGCUUAGCACACAAGCUAGAGAUUCUGUAUGUAGUAAGUGUUCUUCAUUGAACAUCAUUGCAGUCUAAAGCCUGUCGGCAUCUUUUACUUAGUGUGUCAGGAUCUUAACAUCAUGAAUUUUUAUGGCCACUGGGAGUCUCAUAAAAACGAUAACCAUUCUACACUUUUUUUAAAUGUUGCCAAUCGUUCACAAUCAUUAUGGGAGACAAGAACACACUUUUUUUUUUCUUUUUUUAUGCAUUCUAACAAAAGUCAGCUAAUAAUGGAGGUAAUAGGAUUCACUCUACUGUCUAGAAAGCACUCUAAAAACUUCCAUUAACGUUUAAUGUACACACUGUAAGUAUACAUGUAAUGCAGUAACAGGCACAUUCAUAAUUACAUGUAAUAUUUACCUAUUUUGCACAUUUUAAGCAUACAGGGAGGCGCAUUAAUUUCACAGACGCAUCACAACGUUUUCUUUUUCCUUGAAAACAAAUACAACAACUACUACUAAUCAUGACAGACUUCAUGAGAGACAACAAAAACUACUUUGAGACAAAUAAUGAGCCAGAACCUUAUAUUUUUUAGCCUGAAUAUACAGAGGAUGUUUUAGAAGCUGAGUGAUAAGCAGAUCCAGCAAGUAGCACUUUUGCUAAGUGCUAAACAAAAGAUACAAACAUAAUGAAAUAAUCACUUACUGUACAAUGUCUGCUCUCACUGGGAUUCAUAUCUUACCGUUUAAAUGAAGAAUUAUUCAUAAUCCUCACGCAGGUAAAAAAAAAAGAAAAUCUUUUCAUUUCUUUCUCGCCAUCUAAGUUGAAUUUCAAAGUUUAUGGCCAUGUCUUUCUUCUAUACAAGUGAGAGGUUAUGAUUUACAAUCUAAAAUUAACUUUUACCAACUCGGAGAUGAUGCAACAGCUCACUGGCUCAAGAUGCCAAUAUAGCAGCAUAAGCUAGUUGUGAUCACAGUACAACGAAAAUUAGUUUGUCUGCGUUAGCUCUUAUAACAGGGUUGUCCAAAGUGCGGCCCGGGGGCCAUUUGCGGCCCGCAGGUCAUUUUUUAACGGCCCAUUUUGAAAUACGAUUAAAAAGAUUAAAAACAUAAAAAGUGGUAUGAAAGACCAAACAGGUGAAAUGUAACAAGAAAAUGUUGCAAUGUUUACUCUAAUAACACAAAGCUGCCAUGCAGGCUGUUUCUUUCUUUAAAAAAAGAUAAUGAAUGAAAAUCAAUGUUAUUAUGAAUUAUUUACCUUUCCAAGGCUCCAAUUACGUCACAUUAAAUAUUGCACUUUGAGAUAUUUUUUGGGGAAAAUGUUGCAUAUUUUGUGUUUGCUAUAUAAAAAAUGUAGCUGUCUUUUUUUUUUUUCAAAGAAGGACCUAAAACGAACAACAAAAAACAUAAACAAAAAUACAACUUACAAUUGACGGAUAGAUCUGAAGUUGAUCUCGAGAUUAUUGUGUUAAAAGUAAACAGUAAAAAAAAUUUAUAAUUUAUUUUUUGACACUUUUUAUUUGGUUCCCCAAUAAUUUUUGUGUGAUUUGUUUUUAAGUGUCAUCGCUCAAAAAAUAAUAAUGAAUUAAAAUCAAUGGUGUUAUGAGUUAUUGACCUUUUUAAGGCUCCAAUUAUUAUAUAAUCUCAAAUAUUCCACUUAAAAAUGUUAUUGGGUGAAAAUAUUGCAUAUUUUGUGUUUUUUCCUUAAAAAAACAAGGUUUUCUUUGACAAAAAGAGCAUACGACUUAAAUCUUUAAAAACGUUAUAUUGACAGAUAGACCUAAUGUUGAUCUAUGGAUUUAAAACUUGAAUAAUAAUAAAAAUAAUAAUACUGAAUAAUGAUACUUUUUUUUUUUUUUUUUUUAACAAAACCCUUUGGGGUCCCUGGGAUCAAGCUUGAGUGGAGGCCUAAAUGUAUAUUUUUUAUACAUAUAUUGUAUUGGUUUUUAAAAUAAAAAAAUAUCAACAUGGCCCCCGCCUGCUUUGAUUUUUCAGUGUGCGGCCCUCAGUGGAAACAUUUUGGACACCCCUGUCUUAUAACAACAAUAUCGUUAAUAUUUAAGUUAAGUUAAAGUACCCAUGAUUGUCACACACACACUAGGUGUGGCGAAAUUAUUCUCUGCAUUUGACCCAUCACCCUUGAUCACGAGUUCAAAUCCCGGCCGAGCCAUACCAAAGACUAUAAAAAUGGGACCCAUUACCUCCCUGCUUGGCACUCAGCAUCAAGGGUUGGAAUUGGGGGUUAAAUCACCAAAAAUAAUUCCCGGGCGCGGCCACCGCUGCUGCUCACUGCUCCCAGGUUAUGAGAUGUAAAUAGAGUAUUGUUGGCGUGUUUUUUUUAGAGGGCUUUAUGGGCGGAAUAGUGUACUCCCAUUAGAUGCAUUGUUAGCCACUUCGUACUUGCCGUAUCUAAUGACUUAAAAUGAAUUUAAAAAAGAAAAAUGUGUGUUCUUGUCUUACAUAGGGAUUGGGAAUGAUGGGCAACAUUUUUUAAAAGUCCAGUUCCCCUUUAAAGGCAGCAUAAGUCCAUUCCAGACGGUUAAUAAUAAAUAGGUUAGUGUUUUUCAUACCUCCUGUACCGUGUUAUCUGUUUGACUAAUUUCACAGGAUCAAACCUUUUCUAUCAUUCCACGCUACAAAAUAAUAAAAGUAUGUAUGAAUAUUGCUGAUAUCGUAUCGGAUCAAUAUCGGUAUUUGCCAAUAGUCAAUAUCGGUAUUGUGACAGAAGUGAAAAAAGAAUGUAAAAGUUGUAUCGGGACACCCCUACUAUUUGACAUUGCCUGCCAAAGGCCGUGUAAGUAAAUACAGUGCCAGUAUUGCCAAAAUGGAUACUAAUACUUUUUUUGUUUAUUGACAGUUUUUAAGCUCAUUGAAUUAUUUUGUGCCCUUAUGUUUGAAUUUGUUGAUCAUGAUUUAAAACCCAGGCCAAAUAUUUUCUGAAAACAGUACAAAAAUUGUCUCAAAAAACGUAAUUUAGAACACACGAGGUCCUCAGGUUACGAACAAGUUUUGUUCAUCUGACACUUUAUAAGUCCAAUUUCAGUGUAGGUGGGAACUGAUACGAAUAUGAAUACACAGUACACAGAACACAUAAAGUACUGUAAUAAAAAUAUGAAAUACAUAAAUGACAUGGAAGAGUAAUAAAGAACAAUUCCUAAUCCAUCUUGGCUAAUGCCAUCUUCAUGAUGGUCUUUAUGAUGGUCACAACAGUUGAGCUCAUUUUCCCUUCUAUGGUGAUGGCUUUCUUUUUCUUUGGCACACUGCCACCUUAUGCUUGGGAGACAUAUUCAAGUGCCAAAAAUGUAUAAUAAUCGAUCCUCAGUGUAGCUGUGUGUGUGGAUCAUGAUGAAUUUAAUGAAUUUUCAAGCAAAUAUUGGGCAACAAUAUUUUUCAAAUAAAUCAAUGAGAGCGCUUUCCUCAACACGGAAGAAACAUUGUAAAAAGAGAACCACCUGUAUAUAAAUAGAACGAUGUAACUAUAUCAACAAGUUUUCCCUUUUGUCACAUACGAUUGUUUGAACCAAAUAAAGUACAUCAUCCACUUUG